UAGGAAGGGGGGGAGUGGCAGGAGAUCCGCCCUCCCCCUCCCUGCAAACAAGAAUCCCCAAUUCUUUUGUGGGCAGGUCUCAGGUUCGAUCCCCGGUAGCGGCACGGAAAGAGACCCACCCACAGCCCCCACCUCUGGAAAAACUACUCCUGGAUCUGAAGCAACAGAGAAGGCAUUCAGAAUUCUGAGAGGCUAUCUGCAAUUUCACUGGGAAUAAUGAAGAGAACAUUAAAAUGUGUGUAAUAUGCUUCAGCCAGUGUAUACACUUAGUUAACAUCAAUGAACUCACCCAGUAGACAAAACAUUUGAAACUAUGGAGAGUGGAAAGAGCUUGAACUGGAUUGAAACUCCUAAGAAACAUCAACAAACUCGCACAGGAGAGAAGUCAUUUAAAUGUAUGCAGUGUGGAAAGAGCUUCAGUAUAAAGAGAAGCCUUACAAUACAUCAACGAACUCACACAGGGGAGAAACCAUUUAAAUGUAUGGAGUGUGGAAAGAGCUUCAGUAUAAAUAGAAGCCUUACAAUACAUCAACGAACUCACACAGGGGAGAAACCAUUUAAAUGUAUAGAGUGUGGAAAGAGCUUCAGUCAGAGUGGACACUAUAAAAUACAUCAGCGAAUUCACACAGGGGAGAAACCAUUUAAAUGUUUGGAGUGUGGAAAGAGCUUCAGUCAGAGUGGACACUAUAAAAUACAUCAGCGAACUCACACAGGGGAGAAAUCGUUUAAAUGUUUGGAGUGUGGAAAGAGCUUCAGUCAGAGUGGACACUAUAAAAUACAUCAUCGAACUCACACAGGGGAGAAAUCGUUUAAAUGUAUGGAGUGUGGAAAGAGCUUUGGUCAUAGCGUAACCCUUAGAAUACAUCAACGAACUCACACAGGGGAGAAACCAUUUAAAUGUUUGCACUGUGGAAAGAGCUUCAUUAUAAAGGGAAAACUUACAAUACAUCAACGCACUCACACAGGGGAGAAACCAUAUAAAUGUAUAGUGUGUGGAAAAAGCUUCACUUCAACCAAAAACCUUAGACUACACCAAAGACAUCACACAGGGGAAAAACCAUUUAAUUGUAUGGAGUGUGGAAAGAGCUUCAGUCAAAGUGGAUCCCUUAAAAUGCAUCAACGAAUUCACACAGGGGAGAAACCAUUUAAAUGUAUGGAGUGUGGAAAGAGCUUCCGUAAUGGUGGAACCCUUAGAAGCCAUCUACAGACUCACACAGGGGAGAAACCAUUUAAGUGUAUGGAAUGUGGAAAGAGCUUUUCUCAUAGUGUAGCCCUUAGAGUACAUCAACGAACUCACACAGGGGAGAAACCAUUUAAAUGUAUGGAUUGUGGAAAAAGCUUCAGUGAAUGCGGUAAGCUUAGACUACAUCAACGAACUCAUACAGGGGAGAAACCCUUUAAAUGUAUGGAGUGUGGAAAGAGCUUCAGUGAUAAUGGGAACCUCAAAAGCCAUCAGCGAACUCAUACAGGGGAGAAACCAUUUCAAUGUAUGGAUUGUGGAAAAAGCUUCAGUCAAAGUGGAUACUAUAAAAUACAUCGACGAACUCAUACAGGGGAGAAACCCUUUAAAUGCAAGAAGUGUGGAAAGAGCUUCCAUCAUAGUGGACAUUUUAAACUACAUCAACGAACUCAUACAGGGGAGAAACCAUUUAAAUGUAUGGAGUGUGGAAAGAGCUAUAGUCAAAGUACACAUUUAAAAAUACAUCAGCGAACUCAUACAGGGGAGAAACCAUUUAAAUGUAUGGAGUGUGGAAAGAGCUUCAUUGAUAGUGGGUACCUCAGAACCCAUCAGCGAACUCAUACAGGGGAGAAACCAUUUAAAUGUAUGGAGUGUGGAAAGAGCUUCAGUCAAAGUGGAAGCCUUAGCGUACACAAAAGAACUCACACAGGGGAGAAGCCAUUUAAAUGAAUGGAGUGUGGAAAGAGCUUCAGUCGGGACAUUUUAAAAUACAUCAAUGAACUCAUUUAUAGAGUGCUGGAAGAGCGGCAGUUGAUUUGGACAUUUUAAGAUACAUCAACGAACACACUCAUGGGGGGAGGAACUUAAAUGUGUGGGUUGUGUUUGCAAAGAGCUUCCCUAAGAGUGGAGCACUUAGAAAACAGCAGUGGAUUCACACGGGGAGAAACCAUUUAAAUUUAUGGAGAAUGAAAAGAACUUCAGUCAGAGUGAAAACAUCUGAAGAAUAGUGAACUCACAUGUGAAGAAACCAUUUAAAUGCAUGGAGUGUGGAAGGAGCUUCAGUUGGAGUGGAGAUCCUUAUAUACAUCAGCCGUUAAAUGCAUAGAGUAUAUCUGAAGUUCUGGUGUCUGCAUGUAAAGUUGUACCCAUGUAUUAAAGUAAUGAAGGUAAUGUCUCACAAUAGUAAAUGCAAUAUAAUAGGUCAUGAACUGCUUGCAGUUUGUGGAGAACAUGAAUCUGCAAUGCUGGUGGGAACGUUGAUGCUCUUUUAGUUGGCUGAAGUUUGGUCUUCAGUUGAGAGAGUUGGAAAUGUUGGUGUUUUUGGGUUGCUAAUAGAGCAUUGUGGAAAUUAGAGGGUGAAAGUUGUGAUGCUUUGGAAGCAGGGAUGGUUAAAUUAGUAGUAUACGAACAACCGUAUAACACCUAUUGUUGUAAUUACACUAAAUGAACAAAUAAGACACAGAAAGAGUGAAGUAAUCUUAUGUACAUAAAGUAAUGUUGAAACCCCUGUAUAGUUUUUGUUAUUGAUAAUUGUGCUACAACUCCUCCUCAUUCUUGCUUAUUUGAAGGACUCAAUGUGCAGUUAAAACAUUAUCUCCUGUGGCUUCAGGAAUAAAGGAUUAAAUAAAGCUUUGAGCCCCAGGCCCUCCUCUCUGUGGCUGGGCUGCACACCUGUGCCUCAGGAGUUCUGAGACUGUCAUGGUCAGAGCCACUCAAGUAGCAGCUCGAGGCAGGCAGGGUGAUGGUGGUGGACACGAAUUUCUCUUUCCCCUUGGAUCAUGUUGGGCUAGAGGCUGUUAGUUAACCCAUUUAACAAGUAAACAAUAGAUUUCAUAUAAUUUAGCACUGAAUGAAAUGUAUGUAUUUUUGUAAUACAGUGGUACCUCUGGUUGCGUACUUAAUUUGUUCAGGAGGUCUGUUCUUAACCUGAAACUGUUCUUAACUUGAAGCACCACCUUAGGUAAUGGGGUCUCCUGCUGCUGCUGCACCACUGCCACGCAAUUUCUGUUCUCAUCCUGAAGCAAAGUUCUUAACCCGAGGUAAUAUUUCUGUGUUAGUGGAGUCUGUAACCUGAAGCGUAUGUAACCUGAAGCGUAUGUAACCUGAGGUACCACUGUAUCUGCAACUACUCUCUGUGAUGGACUCUAUGUAAUGUAAGAAUUUUUAUGCUAUGUGGACUUCUGAACUCCCAACUCCCAUACCCUUAUCAUUCUAACAACGGUUUAAAUCGUUUUAGAAAUAGCACUUUUAUGUGACCGACUGUUCUCACCUUGAGUUUUCCAGGCAUAGGAAGCUAUGGGAAUGGAAUGCUAAGGAUUGGUAGGUGGACAAAAAGUGAGUGAAAUAUAAAUCCUAAGAUUCCAAGACACCUGGACACCCAAGAUAACAGACAGAAAAAGAGUUUUAGCUCCCUGACCUGUGACCUUCCCUUUCAUGUAUAACUUCUAUGAGCUAAUGCCUGUACAUUUCUUUCAAAACUGUUUUAAAAUGAACUCCUGACUUGGAGUCACUGACACUAUUGCAAUAGCUUAUCUCAAAAUAAACUGGGUCCCUUCCGGAUGUUGAGUUUUUCUA